ACAAAUUGUAUUUAAUCAAUGGUAAAUCGUAAUUCGUAAUUAGUAAUUACUAAUUUGUAUUGGAGAAAUUAAACUCAAAUUUCAAAAGCUAACUAUUAGUUUGCCUAACAAAUAUAACGAGCUUUUUAAUAUCUCGAACCAACUGUACUAGCUUACAUUUAAUGAGUAUGAACUUACACUGGAGUAUUGGUUUUACCGUGACACUGCUAUGUGGGUGCGUUGCUGGCGACACAAAAGGCAUAGUGUCUUUAGAUUCGUUUACAUUUGACAAGAUUCUAUCAAAAUUUAAAGUUUCAUUAAUAAAGUUUGACGUGGCUUAUCCAUAUGGGGAAAAACAUGAAGAAUUUGCUAAACUUGGAUCUGCUUAUCAUUCUGUUGAAGAUUUACUUAUCGCCGAAGUACCUGUCAAGGAUUAUGGUGAAAAAGAAAAUGAAGAUUUAGCAACUAGGUUUGGUGUAUCUAAAAAAGAUUUUCCAAAUGUCAAACUCUUCGUAACUGGCCAGCCGCAACCCUAUACUUUUGCUGAUGAUGAAUUUAACAUGGACAACUUACAAAAAUUCAUUGUGAAGCAUAGCAAAUCGGUUGUGUACAUAGGACUUCCUGGAACGUUGGAAAAGUUUGAUCAGUUGGCAUCAGAAUUUUCUUUAGAGAAGUCUGUAGAUAAGCGCAAGGAUGUCUUAUUACGAGCAGAGCGAUUAUGGGAUGAAACUCAGGGUAAACAGAAGCAAAAGUCAGCAGAAGUAUAUGUAAAAACUAUGAGAAAAGCGCUUGAAAAAGGCAAUAAUUUUUUCAACUCUGAAGCGACUCGUGUGAAAAAUUUACUUAAAGGAUCAUUGACCGAUGAAAAGAAAGCGGAUAUGACUGUUCGUCUGAACAUACUGGAGUCAUUCAGUGCAUGGCACGACGAGUUGUGAUUUUGGCUCCUAUGAUUUUUGUAUACUAUUUUUAUUGAUUCCAAUACGGUAUAACAGGGUUGUGCAAUUUUUUAAGGGUCUUUCCUAACACUUAUCCAGAGUGAAAAGCAAAAUAUUUGAUUUUUACAUAUCACCAUGUUAAGUCUGGUCGUUAAAUGUGAAGUAUGUUAAUUUAUUGUUAAUAGGUAUAUACUAUUUUUUAUUCAUGUAUUUACCUAUGCAUUAGUUUUUCACUAUGCACAGUAACACAAUUAUUACUUAAAUAUAUUGUUGAUA